AUGGUUAAACGCGUGUGUGUUGUUGGCGCUGGUCCGUCCGGUCUCGUAGCUGCAAAGACCUUACUCCACGACGCACCACCAGGAUCCUUCCAAGUCACCGUGUUCGAAGCGCAGUCGCGAGUCGGAGGCCUAUGGCCUACGCGGGAAGACGACGUCGGGGGCCUGGUGCACCCCUUCAUGACGACCAACCAGAGCAAACAUUCUGUCCAGUUCAGCGACCUCGCCUGGCGCGACCCUUCUCUUGAAUUUCCCAAGGCGUGGCAAGUAGGCCAAUAUCUGGAACGUUAUCUAGGCGAGUAUGGCGGUGCGGAUGUGCGACUCGGCCACAAGGUUGUGAGGGCUGAUCUGCAGGGCGAUGGCUCGUGGGAGGUACAAGUGGAAUCCACCGGAGGGUCUGAGACGAAUUUGUUUGACUACCUUCUCGUCGCUACCGGGUUCUUCGGGCGACCUACAUGGCCUACCCAUAUAGCCCGGGAAGCGGGCGUGCCUGUUAUUCACAGCAGCCAAUACCGUGAUAUCAAGACGCUUCUACCAAAUCCACACCGCUCUGGGCACAAGAUCCUCGUCGUCGGGGGACAGAUGUCUGGCGUAGAGAUCGCCGCAACGAUUGCGACUGACGUCUCAUCCGCUACCAAUUCACCAGGGCCCAAAGUCAUUGAGGAGCACGAGGCCCUUUCGAUACAUCACAUAAUUCAUCGACCGUCUUGGGUCUUUCCGCUCCUUACAUCUCCCAAGCCCGCCGCAUCUGCACCGCCAUUUCUCCCUUGCGACCUGCCUUCAUACAACUUGACCAGCCGCCCACACCCCCUAAAAAACAGCCAAGGACACAUCACCGUCGAUGCAGCGACAGGUCUCAACAAUACGUAUCAAUUUGUUUUAGGGUCUGAUCAAUCCGAAUUUUCGCCCGAGUUAGGAAUUCAUGGCGAUCAACUGCACGAGCAGCCGUUUCUGGCGAUGAGCUCAUGGUAUAUGGAAUUUGUGCGACUUGGCCUCAUCAAAAUCAGGAAGGGCAAAUUGUCCUCGUUUGCGGGAACCGUGGCCACCCUGUCGCCAAGUAAUGAGGAGAUAUCCGACGUUGCCGCUGUAGUCCUUGCAACCGGAUUUGACCCAAACCCAUCCUUAUCCUUCCUCCCUCCCUCGGUCCUCGAGGCCAUCGCCUACUCGCCCGCUCAUCCCAACCUUCCCGUAGCCCUCGCUUUUCACGGGACCCACUGCCCGUCCCUGCCGACGUUGGGUUUCGUCGGUUUCUAUCGCUCACCGUAUUGGGGUGUCAUGGAAAUGCAAGCACGCUUCAUCGCGCGUUUGUGGACCCAGGCGCGGACGUCGCAGCCUCCCGAGUUCCAACAGGCCCUCUCGUCCGAUGAUACAAUCGCGAGAACGCUAGCCCUACGCGCGGAUCCCCGUGUCUCUCAAUUUCCGAUGGGCGACUAUGCUUUUCUAAUGCAGGAGUUCGCGCGUGCGCUCGAUAUCCCGAUUAGCCCCUUUGGUGUCAUUCCAAUUAUCGUUAGCGACAAACCGAUGAAUAUCCUGACACCAGCGCGGUAUGCUACCGCAAAGCAGAGCUCAAGUCCAAGGCAGAAGGCAGAGAUUGAGGCGAACUUGAGCGCCACGCACGAUACAGCGAUGGCGGGGAUAUAUCAAGCACGCUUCGUCGCGGGGGCUGUAUUUCGCUCUCUUCUCGGCGAGUGGCGUCUCGAGCGUGACCUUGUCUCACGGCUACCGUCCCACCCUUCCGGACGCUUCGUGGGCACGGCACGUUUUCUAUUACGAGCCGGGACCGCUGAUGGGCAGCCAUUGGCACCUGCCUUAUCCUCUGCUGGCGCCUGUGCCGGAGGUAACUAUAGCGGUACGACCGCACAGAAGCAGGUGCCGGCCUGGGGCCUAGAGUACUUGUACGUUGAAGACGGCACAUUCACGGCCCGCGACAACCCGUCCCUGUCGUUCCGCGCGACGCGGCGGUACGUCUGGAGGUACGACGAAGCACGUGAUAAGCUGAGCGUCUGGUUCACACAGACGGAUGACCCGUUGCGCGCGGACUACUUGUUCCAUGAAGUCGAGUUCUUGGCGCCCUCUGCCGUGGAUCCCGGUACUGAAGCUGGCGGAGAUGGCCGGCCAGGUCCAGAUGGACGGGCCGAGGAUAAGACUGGAGGGUGGCAGGCGAAGGCGAGUCACCUGUGCGUCGAGGAUCUAUACGACGUGCAUUACGAGUUCAAUUUCAGGGCUGUCAACCUGAGGGAGUGGAAGUUGGGAUACACGGUCAAGGGCCCCAAGAAGGACUAUACUAUCGAUGGGGUGUAUAGGAGGUAA